AUGGCCUCCUAUUUACCUCGCACCACCCGAACCCCUCUCCUCCGCCGCCUCUCUCUACGCUGCCUCUCUAACACCACCACCACCACCACCACUCUUCCCCACUCCACACCGCCGGCGCCAUUCGAUCCUCCUCCGCCUCCUUCACCGCCCAAACCACCUCCAAAUCCGCCCUCACGGACCCCUCUAGAGAAACAGUUCGAGACAUGGCUCCAAACUCUAAAGCCCGGCUUCACUGGACAAGACGUCGAAGACGCACUGCGGGCCCAAUCCGACCCGGACCUCGCCCUCGACAUCUUCCGGUGGACCGCCCAGCAGCGCAACUACAAGCACAACCACUCCACCUACCUCACGAUGAUCGAGAUCGCAGUUUCCGGAAAGCGCUACCGCGCGGCCGAGACCCUGAUCGAGGAAAUCAUCGCCGGCGCCUGCCCCGCGAGCCUUUCCCUGUUCAACACCAUGAUCAAAUUCUGCUGUGGCCGUAAAAACCUAUUCAGCCGCUCCUUCGAUAUCUACAAGAAAAUGACCAAAUCGCAGGACGCCAAACCUAAUCUAGAAACCUACGCUCUGCUCCUCAACUCGCUAAUGAGGAAAUUUGAUAAAUUGAACGUGUGUUAUGUGUAUUUGCCUGCAGUCAAAUCGUUAGCUAAGCAGAUGAAGGCGUCCGGGGUGAUUCCCGAUACCUUCGUGCUGAACAUGAUCAUCAAAGCCUACUCCAAGUGCCUCGAGGUUGAUGAGGCUGUCCGUGUUUUUCGCGAGAUGGGAUUGUAUGGUUGUGAGCCAAACGGGUACACAUACAGUUAUCUUGCAAAAGGGUUGUGUGAGAAGGGUAGGGUUAGUCAAGGGCUGGAUUUUUACCGGGAAAUGAGAGGAAGAGGGUUGGUGCCCAGAGGGAGUUCUUAUUUGAUCUUGAUUUGCAGUCUUGCGAUUGAGAGGAUGUUUGACGAUGCAAUUGAGAUCACAUAUGACAUGUUGGGGAAUUCGAUGUCACCUGAUUUGUUGACCUAUAAGACAUUGUUGGGGGAAAUUUGUAGGGAUGGGAGAGGUAAUGACGCGUUCGAGCUUCUUGAAAAGUUCAGGAAAAGGGACAGCUUUAUGAAUGAGAAGACGUAUAAGACUUUGUUGGACGGGCUGCACUUUCUGAGUCGUGAUCUCUAG